ACAGAGGGGUAACAAGCUCAUUUCGAGCGACAAAUCCCAAGGACGCUCACGCUGCUGCAGAGUCACUGAGAAGUUACAGAUUCAGAAGACUUUUAAUUUGUGACUCAUGUUUACUCACACUUGACUUUGGAGCAACAGGCACUCUUCUCCAUACAGUACCUCUUUUCCUUUAAAACAGAAUGGAGGAACUCCGUUAGGAAGUCUGCUAUCAGACAUCUUUUUUGAUCCUCUUUUCUAAAAGUAUUAAAGGGAAAUAUAAUUAUAAUAUUAGUAACUUUUUCUCGCUCCAGGCUUUCCCUUCAGUUUCCCCCUCUUUCCCUUUAAAGUUCUGAGUCACUUUAUCCUCCUACAGCUGCUGCUCUGCUCUGUUAGAGAAGGAAUGCUGUCAGUAUGGUGCAGAAACUUUCUGCUGUGUGUGCUGUGUCCAGAUUGUGUUGUUUGAUGUGGGGGUCAGCAUCUCAUUUUUAGCAUAAAGCGAAGAUAAUCUGUUUUAUUCCCAGUGAGGAAGUUAUAGAUAAAUUAUGAUAAAAGGACAACCAAGAAAAUAUAGUAUAGCACAAAUUUGUUGAACUUUGUUAUAACGUCCUAAGUCAAGAAGUCAAAACAGUUUUAAGAAACUAGAAAUGACCUCCAGUUUCCCACAAACACCCCACCUUUCCCACCCUUUCCUCUCCAGUGAUCUCCCUCAGUAGCAGGCGUAAGGAUAGAGGAAGGAAGCUGAACAGAGAACCAGUAUAGUCGGGAUAAGAAAAUUGAAGACCACUUGAGAAGCCAUGACCAGAACACUUGGAUUGUUAAUGCUCCUGUCUGCUCUCUGCUGUAGCCUAGCGGACAACGUGGAGCUGCUCCGCACUAAGAGAGGGACUCGUUUUUAUAGAGGUGAGCCUGACAGGCAGCCAGCCAGACGGACACUUUUGAUUAUUCAUAUCGAGAAGUCUUCACCUUCCUUUGACACCUCCUUACAUUGUGUGGAUAGUGAGACAUCAGCAGUGCAUAGUUUUGGGGACACUUGGCUGCGAUGGAGGGGACAGCGUGUGGAGUAUUGCCGUUGUGCAUUAGGAGGACGAGAUCUUUGUCAUAUUGUCCCCGUCAUCAACUGCUACGUGUCUCAGUGCUACAACGGAGGAACCUGUAAGGAGGCCGUGUACACUUCAGACUACAUUUGCCAGUGUCCUCGAGGCUUCAGUGGGACUCAGUGUGAGAUCAACACCAAUGAGAAGUGCAUUGUGGGGCAGGGUGAAGGGUACCGCGGCACAUGGAGCAUCAGCCAUUCAGGAGCAGAGUGCAUCAACUGGAACUCUACGUCUCUGAGAGGAAGGAGGUUCACAGCUACAAAAGGGGACGCCAGCAGUCUUGGACUGGGCAAUCACAACUUCUGCAGGAACCCCGACCAGGACAGCACUCCUUGGUGUUACAUCUAUAAGGGCACUCAGAUCGUCUGGGAGUUCUGUUCUAUGCCCAAAUGUCCAGAAGAUAAGUACCAAAAGUGUGUGCUUGGCUCCGGCCAGUCAUACAGAGGCACAGCGUCUGUCACUAAGAGUGGCUCUCGUUGUCUCCCGUGGGACUCUCCUGUUAUCAAGCGUAAGGUCAACAAUGCUUGGAGAUCUAAUGCAUUAGAGCAGGGACUGGGCAGCCACAGCUUCUGCAGGAAUCCAGACGGUGAUGAAGGUCCAUGGUGUCACACCUACAAGAACAUGCAGCUGACCUGGGAGCUGUGUGACAUACCUAAAUGCUCGAGACCUCCAUCUAUCAUCAGCUCUCUCGGCCCACGUGCCCCCACCGCUAACAUCAAUAAUAGAGCAACAUGUGGGCAGCGCUUAGACAACACCCUGAAUCGACCGGCGUUCCGCAUGUUUGGGGGCAGAGAGAGUGACAUCACGGAGCAGCCGUGGCAGGCAGCCAUUAAUGUUUACCAGGCCCGUCACAGAAAACACUUUCACCGAUGUGGUGGAGUCCUCAUUGACUCGUGUUGGGUCCUGUCUGCUGCACACUGCUUCGAGGACAAUGAUAAAGCAGAAAAAUUGGAAGUGAUUUUGGGAAGAACGUUUCGGAAGCAGAAUUCCACCAGCGAGCAGAUUUUCAAGGUUGAGAAGUACUGGAUCCACGAGAAAUUUGACAACGAAACAUUUGACAAUGACAUCGCUCUCUUAAAGCUGAAGACGGACUUUGGCAUCUGUGCUAUAAACUCUCCGGAGGUUCUUCCUGCGUGUCUGCCUGAACGUGGGCUGGUUCUGCCCGACUGGACUGAGUGUGAGAUCUCAGGCUAUGGAAAAGAUUCAGAAUUUUCUGCAGAGUACUCUGAGCGUGUUAAGAGAGGAUACGUUCGCCUGUGGCCCAAAGAGCGCUGCGUCCCAAAUGUGCUGUCUGGGCGCACAGUUACCCCCAACAUGCUGUGUGCAGGUGACACCCGAGGCCUGGACGAUGCCUGCAAGGGAGACUCUGGUGGCCCGCUCGUCUGUCAGAACAAUAACAAGAUGACUCUGAUGGGUGUGAUCAGCUGGGGUGAUGGGUGCGGGCAGAAGGAUAAGCCUGGGGUCUACACCCGUGUCACCCAAUACAUCAACUGGAUCAACGACAAAAUUAAGGCAAACCCGGUCUAAAGUAAGAGAGACUGCAAAGAUGGAUGACCAUACCAUAAACACAGUGGGUAAAACAGCAAAUGCAGAUAUGUUUAUCAUUGAUAAGAUAGACAGAUGGAUCCACAGGACUCUUAUUCUGUUGUUAAUCUGUUGACGUAAAUCCAAAAUGAUGGAGGUUUUAAACCAGCAGGACCACUCCUAUUGAGAAGGACCUCAAUUGUGAGUUUUUAUGCUCAAUGUAGCUCAGAGCUCUAAAGUUUGACUUACUGUGUUGAAUGUGACAGUAUAUAUGGACAGAAACACAGGACAAACCCUUUUUCCUCCUUCUAGGCCAUUUGGAUCUGGAUAAUCCUUUUUGUCUCUUCACGCAUACAACAUUUUCUAAAUAUGGCAUCCACCAAACUGGAGGUUCAGGUAGUGAACCUACAAUAACAGGAAGAAUUGGAAAUAUCAGUAUUUUCCUCUGCUCUUUCUGGUUGGCUUUAUGCUGGUUUAUACAAAAAAGUCACAGUGGUACACCUAAGGUCAGUAGUGCUUUUAAUUCAAAAGAACACUCAACACAAGCAUUUACUUUGCACAGCACAGUAUGUCACAUAGGAAUGUAGGCCUUUUUUAAAGUUAUGUGCAAAGAUUAUGUUACACACUUGUCCUUUAGAUGUGAGGUUAUGUUGGCUUAAUUUGUUGUAUUGCAAAAUGUUCUGCAUUUGCCUACUUUGGGGCUUUAUGGGUUCCAGACCCCAAACACAAAAUGUAUCUGCUGGUUCAGAUUCUGCUUGUUGUCUGCAGUUUGAACUCCUUUAGCUCCCUGCUAAAGUAUCUAUGUUGUAUUGAUGUCUCUAUGUUUAUAGCUUUUGUUUUUAGGUUGUUGUGUGGUGAUUGUUGGAGCUUGUAUUGCAAGACAAAUUUCCGUGUAUACGGACAAUAAAGUGCUAUCUAUCUAUCUAUCUAUCUAUCUAUCUGCUACCUUGUGGAUGGGAUUAGAUUUGGACAAGUGGAAGUUCUGAGAUAUUCACUCCAUUCAACAAACCCUGUUCUGUGUUCUCCCGCUCUGGAAGUCUGUUUUUAAAUCAGAUAUUCCGACAUUUCUCCACCAGACACCUGGGUUGAGCCCAGUAUGCACUGUAUAUAGCAUGUAUAUUGUAUGAAUAUUGAUUUUACUUUAAACUGCUUAAUUGCUGCAAAGCCUUAACAAAGUCCCUUUGUUUUGUGACUGGGGUUUAGAGUUUUUUUUACUAAGUUAAUAUUUAUGUGUAUUUUAUAUUGUAUUGGAGAAACUACUUUUGUACUGUAGUUUGAUAAUUUAUUGUCUCUGUCAAUAUAACCACAUCUGGCAACAUACUCCUUUGUCAAUAAAUAAUAUUUGAAAUAAA